GAAAAUUAAUGUCGGGACGAAGAAAUUUCAUAGCUGGGGAAAAUAGAGAACCGUUAAGAGAAACAGAGGUUUUUCUCGAGAAAGUGAGAGAAACUUUGAUGAUACGAAAUAGAAGAUAAAACCUGCUAUUCUUUCACUUGAAGAUGAUACAUUGGAUAAAGCAGCUGAGAUCGGCGUUUGGUAUCGCGUUUCUGUGGCUCGUUUGCCUUAUUUACUUCACCCAGGGUUUUAGAUCCUUUGUCUGGACUGCUGUUUCAUACCAGUUGAAAGACAGGCUUCAGUUGUCACCAUCAGCUUCUCAGUUCGUCUUUUCUGUAGCAUUCUUUCCAUGGAGCAUUAAACCAUUAUACGGAAUCAUUUCCGAUUGUAUCCCAAUCAGACGGAAAAAGAGGACACCAUACUUGAUGAUUUCAACUGUGCUGUCUCUUGUGCCAUGGCUUUUGCUAGGCCUAGAUUUGUCCUUGCGAAGUUCAAGUCUGUAUCUCAUGAUUUUGUUGACUGUACAAAAUUUGGGAUCAGCCAUGGCUGAUGUUGUGAUCGAUGCCAUGAUAGCUGAGGCAGUAAGACAUGAAAGGGCCUCGUUUUCUGGAGACCUUCAGUCGGUCUCGUGGCUAGCCAUGGCUUUGGGAGGAAUAUGUGGGAGUUUGUUAGGAGGGUAUGCGUUAAACAACUUAGGGAUUGAUGCAAUAUUCCUCCUUUUCACUGUACUACCGGCACUGCAGUUACUAUCAUGUGCUCUGGUUGAAGAAAUUCCCGUUGAAGAUGAGAUGGUGGAUUCAAAUGGCUUUGAAGAGAAAAGCAAGAUGAGCAAUGAUUCUGAUGGAGAUCUAUUGUCCGAAAAGAAGUCCAGCGUCAAUGCUCCGAGAAGAAGGAAGAGUCAGAAGAAAAAUAGGAAGGAAACUGUAAAUGAGAAAUCUCAAACGAAAAGAAGCCCCGAGUCUUUGGCCUCACAGUGGUUCCAGUCAUUGAAAGCAGCUGCUUAUGGUUUGGGUCGUGCGUUUAAGCAGCCGAUCAUUUUGAGACCAAUGACAUGGUUCUUCAUCGCUCAUGUCACAUUCCCAAACCUAUCUACAGUCAUGUUCUAUUAUCAGACCGAGGUCUUGAAAUUGGAUGCAUCUUUUUUGGGGAGCGCCCGUGUUGUUGGUUGGUUAGGUCUCAUGCUCGGAACCUUCAUUUACAACCGAUAUCUGACGAAAAUGAAGCUACGAAAAUCUCUCAUGUGGGCUCAGGUAGGGUUGUCUCUGACAAUCAUCCUAGAUAUGGUUCUUGUAUCCAGAACCAAUCUGGAGUUGAGUGUAUCAGACAAGACAAUGGUGCUCUUCGGUUCAGCUCUUGCUGACGCAAUCAAUCAACUGAAGUUCAUGCCGUUCUUGAUCUUGUCGGGUCGGUUAUGUCCUCCGGGGAUAGAAGGAACGCUUUUCGCGCUCUUUAUGUCGAUUAACAACUUUGGGAACACGGUCGGGUCGUUUGUGGGAGCAGGAUUGGCUUCAGUUCUGAGAAUAUCUUCAGGAUCGUUUGACAAUCUGUUCUUGGGCUUAGCCGUUCAAGUGUUGUGCGUUUACAUUCCCAUGUUGUUCCUUUUCUUGAUACCCAAGGAAGCUACUGGGGUUUCCGCAUAAGGGAUUCAGACUCAUAGAAAGUUUCUUUUAGUUGAUUUUUCUCACAGAAAAUCUCAAAUAUAGAAGGGGAAUUGUAUCUCGAAUUUGAAUUAAGACUGUGGAUUUUUUUUUUUA